AUGAAGGAGAAUAGAGGCUGCGUUGAAGAUUGUUUAAUGAAGAUCAUGUCAUGGAAUGUUAGGGGUCUUAGAAAACCUGAAAAAAGGAGUAAAAUUAAGGCUUUGGUGAGAGCAAAAUUAGUAGAUGUUUUGAUGCUGCACGAGACUAAGAAAUUGAUGAUACUUUUGUCAAGUCCUUAUGGCCCAUGGAUGAUAUGGGAUUUAUGGAGGAACUUCAUUCUUCUCUCAGGUAUCUUAUCUCAAUCAUUUCAUUGUGUUAUUUGCAAUAUUUAUGCCCCGACUGAUGCACUGAAGAGGAGGAAACUUUGGGAGAGUCUUGUAAAACUUAAACUCUCUUAUCCUAACCCUUGGUGUUUGGGUGGUGAUUUUAAUGAGAUUAGAGUUAUGAGUGAGAGGAAAGGUUGCUCAAGAAGGGAAAGGGGUAUGAAAGACUUUAACAAUUUUAUAGAGAGCUUGGAAUUAAUUGAUCUGAAUAUGCAUGGUAGAUUAUUCACAUGGUGUAAUGCAUUGGAUGGGGAGAGGUGGAGUAGGAUUGAUAGGUUUUUGCUUGAUCCUGUUUGGCUGGAGAGGUAUAAAUUUAAACAAUGGGGAUUGCCUAGAGUCAUUUCAGAUCACUGUCCAGUUUUGCUAAUGGAGGAUGGAAGGGAUUGGGGGCCAAAACCUUUUCGGUUUAUUAAUGCUUGGACAUCACAUCCUCAGUUUAAGAAGGAAGUGGAGAAGGUCUGGGAGGAGGUACAGAUUCAGGGAUGGGCUAGUUUUAGAAUCAUGAUUAAGCUCAAAAGACUGAGAGCGUAUCUGCGGAGGUGGAAUAUGGAGGUCUUUGGUAAUAUUGAUGAUCUACUUAAACAAGCUGAAGAUGAACUUCAUGAGUGGGACUUGAAGGCGGAAUCUAGAUCCUUGUUGGAAUCAGAGGUGAAUAGAAGACGUGAGAAGUAA